UGCUCUUUGAUGCGGCUCAUAUGCACAUGCCAGUCAAUCCUUCAGUAGCGUCACCGUGACCUCAGCUCAUCUCAACAACCUUGGAUUGAUCGUUUCAGGCUACCGGGACUGAAAGAUGGGCCAUCUUAGCUACAUUCAAACAUCGCUAUAUUCUGCUCUCUGAAUCAUUGCGACUUAGCCUCUGAAUAUCACUCACACCCCAGCGAGGUAAUUUCGCCAGGAAGACGCCCUUAAGGGGCUUCAUCGAGAGACCUGAGCACACUGAGAACAAAUAUCUGGGGGCACCCAGCCCCCCACCUAGGAGAUAUUACCUGUGUAGCGUCCCUUAACCAUGGGCAGAGGUAACGGAUUUUUCAAGAAUCCUUAUCCCGGAUUCUAUAAUCGAGAGCAAGGAAGAUGGUACUGCAGUUGUAUGAAUGGGCCGCAGUUGGCAGUUCGACUUCAAGUCAAGAAGGAAGGACCUAAUCAGGGCAGGUUCUUCUACACAUGUCGAGAGCCCCGGGACCUUGGAGCGGUUCCGGGCCAGUGUGGGUUUUUUCUUUGGGAGGAGGCAGCGCAGGAGCGGGAGAAGAAGGCGGAAUCGAGGCCGGUACAGCAUUCGGAGUACGUGCCGGACUUUGCAAAUAGAGAGCUGAUGCCGAGACUUCCUUGGUUUCCCCCUUACGGCGAAGGUUUGCAUUUUGUCGACGAACCUUAUUUCGGCUGCUACGAAGUGGAAGACUACGGCUGGGCUCCGGAUUCUACGGUUGAUGACGAUUUGGACAGUGUGAAGGUGAAGAAAGAAGACAUGGACGACAGUGCAAGCGGGUUAUCGGCGAUCAAGCCUUCUAAGAGGAAGCGUCCGGCGACGGCGGCGGCGGCGACGAUGCGUGAAGAGAAGGAGUACGGCGACCUUGAGUCGGACGAGGAAAGGCAGCUGGUUCGAAUUUUGGAAUCAAAUCCUCCCCAUCCGAGUCAAGAACAGCAACGCAGGAGGACCAACGUCCCAGCGCCGGCCUUAUCCCAAGCCCGAACAACGAGCAACACGACGACGGGGACGGCGAUGCCACACCCCGCCACUCGCACCCCGAACCCACAGCGGACAUACGAUACCUCUGCCUCUAUGCUGACCCCAACUUCACGAGGGAACACCACAACCUCAGCAUCUGAAGCCGGUGCAACAAAACGCGUCAAGCUCUUCUCCGAUACCAGAGGGCCAUCACCACCACCAUCAUCAACAACAACAACAACAAAACUAACAACAUCUACAAACCUGAGCCAAACCCAAGGCCGCUCUUACCAAACCACCCCCACAGGCGGCGGUAUCGGUAGACCCACGACGACGACGACGACGGGGCCAGGGUCAUGCGACGACUAUGAAAUCACCACCUCAAUCCUCAGCCUCCUUUCGAGCGAAAAAGGAGUUUCAGACGCAACCCGCCAAGCCAUCCGCGACAAGCUUAACACGUACGCACUGCGCAUGCGCGGCGUCGAGCGGGGGCGCGACAUGACGAGGGCAGCGCUCAAGGCUAAGGAAGCCAAGGAGGUGGAGCUGAAGGCGAGGAUCGAGGAGCUUGAGAGGGAACGGAAAGUCGCUGCUGAUAAAGUCAGGGCGCUGAGGGAUGGGUUGGGGGAGUUGUUUGGUGAUGUUGAUGGUUGUGUUGAUAGUGGUGAGGGUAGAGCCUAGGAGGGGGGUCAGAUGGGAAAUUGGGAGUAGGCGGCAGGUUGCAAAUCCACAAAGGAUGUGGAUUGGUCCAGCUUGCCAUGGCGGAGGUUUCUACUGGUGUUGGGACUUAGUUAGGGUUUGAUCUUGGGGGAGAUAUGAACACGUAUUGUAGGAGUCCGGGAAGUUAUAUAUAUAAUUGUUCAUUGUUUUCC